GAAGCCUUAACGGGAGCCCAGCGGUUGGGGACAGAGGCGGGCGGGCCCAGGCCUUAUGACUUUAGUCGCGCUGCUCAUUUCGGGGCCAAAACAUUGAACUGAUGUUUGGGUAGCACAGAGCUGUUCUGAGGGAUUUACAAAUGGUGACUCAUUUAAACGCAUAACCCCUUCUGACGUAGCUGCUUUGUCAUUUUAAUUUUAUGUGUGAGAAACAGCCACAUUCCGAUUACCUGUGUUCCCACAAGUAGCGGCUCCCAAUACUCAAGCUUACCUUAAAACCCGCACCUGAGUGGAAUGAUGCGGCUCACCAGUCCAAGUGCUGAACUUGGCGUUGAAGUGUGGCUGCACACAGUUCUGCCACUGAGCUGAUAGGCCCAGGAGUCUGGCUGCUAGGAUGGGGAUAGUCGCAUAACGCUGCUGUGAGAAUCAAAUAGGAUAGCACCGUGUCUGCCAUGCAAGCUGCCUAGUAGUAUGAUUUCCUUAUCUGUAGUGUUCUAGGUGGAUAGAGUUUUCCCACCAGUCUGACUUCCAUAGUAUUAGUGUGUGUUUUUUUAAUGUAUAAUUAUUCUUUCUGCAGGUUUUUUUUUAACACCGUGAACCUAACAAAUGUCUCCUUGCAAUGGGUGUUCUAUAAAUAUUUACUAAUUUUAAAGAAUAAGUAGUGAAAGCGCUGUAAUUUUGUUUUCUAUGAAGUUUGCUCUUCCUGAUACUUACCACAAUUGCAGCAGAUAUAAUUAUUAAAUAUCCAGAUAAAUUCCUCAACACGAUCAAGCCUGAAGUCUCAGAAAAUUCGAGCUAUGUAGCUCUAGGAAGAGAAACAGUAUUUCAGAAGAAGAAAGUAGACUUUGUUAAGAGUACAUUUGGCUCUGCACCAUGCGGUUAGGGAAACUUAAGGGAAGUAUUUCUCAGACCUCAAGCCAAGGAAAGACUUCUGAGAACCAGCGCAGAAUAGGCCGGCAAGAGCAGAAAUGGGGAGUGACUGUUCGGUUUGACUCAAGGUUGAGUAGACUACAAAGAAGCUUGGAUGAGAAGCCCUAUAAAUGUACUGAAUGUGAAAAAGGUUUCAGUCAGAGCUCAACUCUCUUUCAACACCAGAAGAUCCAUACUGGAAAGAAAUCCCAUAAAUGUGCUGACUGUGGGAAAAGUUUCUUUCAGAGUUCUAAUCUCAUUCAGCAUCGUCGGAUCCAUACUGGGGAAAAGCCUUAUAAAUGUGAUGAGUGUGGAGAAAGGUUUAAACAGAGCUCAAACCUCAUUCAGCACCAGAGAAUUCAUACUGGAGAAAAACCCUAUCAGUGUGAUGAAUGUGGCCGAUGUUUCAGCCAGAGUUCCCACCUUAUUCAGCACCAGAGAACCCACACAGGGGAGAAGCCCUACCAGUGCAGUGAAUGUGGCAAAUGCUUCAGCCAGAGCUCUCAUCUUAGGCAGCACAUGAAGGUGCACAAAGAAAAGAAGCCUCACAAAACUCCAGGCAAAAAUAUUAGAUCAAAAACUCACUUAGUAUCAGCUUGGAAAGCUGGUACAAGAAGGAAGUCAGUGACUGGUAUUCGCUGAGUAAGAGACACUAUUUCAGCCCUCUUAAAGAGAAAAAAAAAUCUCUUUUAGGACUAGAGAUCCUUUGUAAUAGAGCACUUAAAUACUGUAUCCUUUCCUAGCAUGGAAACACUGGGAGCUUGAUGACAUUGGGUGGAAAGAAAUUACAUGAGUCCAACUGUCCUCUCAUUUAUUCUAUGUAACCUGGAGUACAAAGAACUGAAAAUAUGUUUUGAGAGUCUGUAAGACCCUUGACCUCACUCGAAAAUGCUUUCUGCAUAAUUUUGACAAAAACAAUCAUGUUUUAAUGACCUGCAAAAAUGUAGAAAUUUUGAUGACUACUUAGUUUUAAGACUUUCUGUUGAAGGAGUAAUUAAAAGGGAAAAGAAGUUAAUCCCAUUGGUUUUGAAGUUCCAUAAUAGAUGAGGAGAUUUUAUGAUUAUAAAGUUUUGUAAUAUAUUAGUCAUCAGUUUGUGUGAUUUAAUACUAUUAAAAUAUAUUCAUAUUCACAGAUUCUUAAUUAACAAGGCCCAUCACUCUAUAUUAAUUUUAUUUUGUUUCUUUCCUUCUUAUAGACAGUUGGUAAAGGAAUAGAAUUUCCCUGUUUUUCUCCACAUUCUUAAUAAGAGAUAUACUAGAAGUCAAAGUGAAAACAUAGAUGACAUGUCUCAUUCUUGCUAGCACUGUUCUUUGAGAUGGUUUUAUACUGUGUCAGUUUUCCAGAAGUUGGGAUGGAUUUAUAUUGAUACAUCCCUAUGCCUUUUGACUUCUUGCACAUUUUUGUGUUCUGUGACAAACAGGUAGCAUUUUAGACCUGCAAGAAUAAAUAACUAAAUCAUAUUUUACCAAAGAAAUCUCAACUUGCUACUUAAAAAAUCUACAAUUUAUACACCUUCCUGCUUUCCUUUCCCUUUUGAAAACCGUAAGUAAACCUAAACAAAUAUUUGUCAACAGCAAAAGUUAUUUAAUGCAAAUGUCAGUGCAUUGUAGCUUAAUGUGUAGAUUUUGAAAUCUGAGUUAAACUUUUCUGAGUUAUAUGAAUUAUUUACAGCACAGGUAGCAAAAACAAGGCCCAUGGGCCGAAUCAGGCCCUCCACCAUGUCUUAUCCAUCUGGGCACCUUGUUGCUACCUGGCAGCAGUGUCAAGCUCUCACUUACCUGUUAAGGAGUACUUAUAUUUAUACAGUCCUAAAAUUACGUUCGGCCCUUUGAAGGCAACCUCAAGGCUGAUGUGGCCCCUGGUGAAAAUGAGUUUGACACCCCUGAUUUACAGUCUAGCAAACAUUUUUCAGCUAGCGUCAGAACAGUGCUAUGUGUCAGACAUUCUGAUCAGCAGCCUUCAGCUCAGAUUCUAGUUCUAUUGAAUGCUAACAUUCUUCUAAUUUUUUGUGUCUUUUAUAAUCAUGCCAGUUGCUGGUAUACAAAUCAGUUAUUCAUAAAAAUAAAUGGAAUACUUUGCAUA